AUGGUUAGAAGAAACGGCCGCUACACUGUUAGCUUGCGCGGCUUCCGUGACUUUGCAUUUGGGAACAAACCACCUGACGACGAGAAACAAGAACAAAAACCAGAAGAAGAUUUAUCUAAUCAUGACGUUAUAUUCUUAAGAGGCAUCAUUGAAAGUCCUGAUUUUGGAAGAAAAUACUCCCUGGAUUCAGAAGAGGAUUUGAUCAUUAAACCUGUCUCUUUGGAUAACGUAAACAUAAUACGGUCGUUAAGUGAGUACCGAGGCAAUAACAUACGAACUAUUGAGCAAGCAGAACUUGCUAUACUACUAUCCAGAGUGCACUUUAAGGCCCUUAUAGAUGCUCAUGAUCAAAUAGGAGCAAUCUGGCUAGAAAGAGGCUCAGGUACAGAUGAAAACACUGCUCUUAAAGAAGAAAACGGGGAUAUAGCCAAAAACACUGACAAAGAUUUUGAUCCUGAUUUGGACGAAGACAUGCCUGUAGAGACAAUUAAGGUAGUUGGACUUAGAAAAGUGCCUGGGCAGCCCUUAGGACUAACUGUCACCACCGACGAACAUGGUCAGUUGAUAGUAGCUAGAAUAUUAGCUGGCAGUGCAGCAGCAAAACAGGCCCUCCUGUCAGUUGGAGAUGUCCUGCUAGAAGUUGAUGGUGUACGUAUAGAUUCAGAGGAUCAACUUAAGGAAGCAGUGUCCAAACCAAAUGACCGAGUAACCCUGAAAGUUGGCCCUAAUCUAAAAGAAAAAAGUUCACAGUUAACAAACAAACUCAGUUGCUAUAUGAGAGCUCUCUUUGAUUAUGAUCCAAAGGAAGACACACUUCUUCCCUGUAAGGAAAUUGGAUUGGCAUUUAAAAGAGGAGAUAUCUUACAAGUAUCAGAUAGAAAAGAUCCAAAUUGGUGGCAAGCAAGUCAUGUUGAAAAUCCAGAAGUUGUUGGUCUAAUCCCUUCACCAGAGUUAGAAGAAAGACGAAAAGCUUAUGUACCUCCUGAGGCUGAUUUUGUUCAUAAAAUAAGCAUCUGUGGUGCACGGAUUUCAAAGAAAAAAAAGAAAUUCGUCUACGAAUCGCGGUCGAGCGUUCAACUGGAAGGCGCAGAACUGGCGCUGUAUGAAGAAGUUGCGCGCACCCCACCAUUUCUGCGACGUACCCUAGCAUUGGUGGGAACUAAAGGCGUCGGCCGUCGAACGUUAAAGAACCGAAUGAUACAAGAACAUCCUGAUAGAUUCGGUGCCGUAGUUCCGCAUACAUCUCGACCGCCGCGGCCUCUAGAAGAAAACGGACUCUCUUACUGGUUUGUAUCGCGGGAAGAAAUGGAGAGAGAUGCUCUUGCAGGCCGCUUUUUGGAAUAUGGAGAGCACAACGGUCAUCUAUAUGGAACCCACCUUGACUCUAUAAGAGCCGUUAUUAAAGAAGGUAAAAUGUGCAUUUUGGACUGCGCUCCGCAAUCAUUGAAACUUUUGCAUAACAGCAGCGAGUUCCUGCCGUACGUUGUAAUGGUGGGCGCUCCGGGUAUAGAGCAACUACGGAACUUGACUUACGCGUCCAACAGAAAUUUAUCGUUCGACCGGCAGAGCUCUAUUCGGUACAGUUCUCGACGUGCGCGAACCCUUGAGUCGCUAGCUUCACUUUACGAGGAAGAAGAUAUGAAGAAAACACUAGAAGAAAGUGCCCGCAUCGAGAGAAAUUACGAAAAGUACAUCGACCUGGUAAUAGUCAACAACAACCUCGAUACAACGUACUCGAAAAUUAUGGACGCGCUGCACUCGCUUUCAACAGAUCACCAAUGGGUGCCUGUCAGCUGGAUUUAUUAA